GUGUCUUUGCUUAACAAUGAGAUGAGCAGGAGAGGUGCAGGAAAGAGAGGGGGCAAAAAGUGAGAGAUCUGUCCCAAUCCCACACUGGACAUUUUACCAAACUGCUUUCUUCGACUAGGAUUAGUAUUAUCACUAUUAUUAUUAUUAUUAUUUUUUUUGGAAAACUCAUUUUAUUAACUAGCUCCCCUUGAGUUUAGUUGACCAUGGAAAUCGAGAAGGAAGUAAAAAAGAUGACCCUGGGCCAUGAGAUAGGAGCCGGAGCAGCGUGUCUGAAAUGCAAGGACAAGUGCGAGGGCUUUGAACUUCACUUCUGGAGAAAGAUCUGCCGCAACUGCAAGUGCGGGCUAGAGGAUCACGAUGUGCAAAUGCAGACGGAAGAGAACCAGAAGGUGGGGCGGCUUUUCGAAGACACCAAGUACACGAGCCUCAUAGCCAAGCUGAAGAGAGACGGAGUGCCUUCGUACCAAGGGAACCAGCUCACCAUAACCAUCAGCUCGCCUGCUAUUGGUACUGCGGUACCUGUUCCAGUGGCUGGUAUUGCAGGUACAGUGAGUCCUGCCAAUUCCCAAGGUGUCCCCGGCCACGGCGGCCCGUCUGUCCCCGGCCACGGCGGCCCGUCUGUCCCCGGCCACGGCGGCCCGUCUGUCCCCGGCCACGGCAGCCCUGGCGGCCCAUCUGUCGGCGGUCAGUCUGUCCCCAGCCAAGGCCCACCCUCUGUCCCCGGCAAGGGCGCUCCCACUGCCCCUGGCAAGGGUGCUCCCUCUGCUGCAGGCCAAGGUUUCCCCUCUGUCCCUGGUGCCUCUUUUGCCGCAGGUCACGGUAUCCCUUCUGCUGCCCCUGUUGCUCCUGCCAUCACUCCUGCUGCUGUGGCAGCCAAAAAGGAUGUGGUGAAAGCGGUCACCUACGAUUGGGCUCCUCCUGGGGUUGACCAGAAAUUGGCUCUGCGUUACAUGGAGCUGCUGCCACCAGAGCGGCGGCCCAUAGCAGGCACGCAGGGAGCAGAUUAUCGCAAGAAGCAGAUGGCCAAACAGCUACCAGAGCAUGACCAGGACCCAGUGCGCUGCCACGAGCUCUCACCUGGUGAGGUCAAACAAAUGCAGCAGUAUGUGCGCAAGUACAAGGAUGAGGCUCUGGGGAUCGGAGACCUGACCCUCCCGGAGGAGAUCGGCGCUCAUGCAGGACCCCUUCAGAGCCCUGGCACUGGAGCCAAGCCUGGAGCACCCGGGGACCAGGGCACGGCCGCCGUGGGGAAGGUCGGGAUCCCAGGGGCAGUAGGGGCUGUAAGCGGGGCCGGUCCUGCUGGUAACUACGCCUGUCAUCACUGCCAGCGUGUCAUGAACCGUGGCGACCCGGCUGUUUACGCAGAACGCGCCGGCUACGACAAGCUCUGGCACCCGGGAUGCUUCGUGUGCUGCACCUGCAACGAGCUCCUAGUGGAUAUGAUCUACUUCUGGAAGAAGGGCAAGCUGUACUGCGGAAGGCAUUACGGAGACAGCGAGAAGCCCCGAUGUGCCGGCUGUGACGAGCUCAUCUUCAGCAACGAGUACACUCAGGCUGAGGGACAGAACUGGCACCUGAAGCACUUCUGCUGCUUCGACUGUGAUUGUGUUCUGGCUGGAGAAACCUACGUCAUGGAGAACAACAAGCCGGUGUGCCAACCAUGCUACAUGAAGAACCAUGCUGUGCACUGCACAUCGUGUAAGAAGCCGAUCGAGCCCGAGGCACAGCGCGUGUCCUACGGCGAGCACCACUGGCAUGCCGAGCCUCAGUGUUUUCAGUGCUCGGGCUGCUCCAAGUGUCUCGUGGGUCAGCGCUUCAUGGCCCUGCAGGGGAAACUGGUCUGCUCUGUCGAGUGCAAGAAGAAGGUCAUGGUGCCGUAGAGAACAUCUGCACGACCAAGCUACACGACCAAGUCCUCACUUUAUAACCACUGUUUAUAACCACUGUUUCAAAUUGUUUUCAGCAAGCACUUGUUGUUGGUUUUUCUUUUCCUUUCUGGUAAUUUCACUUAAUAAUAGCGUCCAUAUUAACACAAGAUCUUCAAAGCCGUGCGUGGUUUUGAAUACGGCAGCCUGCAGGUAGGCAGCGAUACAGUAAAUGUAAAUCAGCUGAGAAAGACAGAUUGCCUUUGGUAAUGGUAUACACACCGCCCUCACACUGUACAACACACGUCUCUGUCCUGCUGCUGUCCCCAUCCAACCCAGUAUUACACCAAAUCUGAUCUCCCAGACUCGGUCAUUUUUUCAAGCAAUAAAAUCGCACUUUAUUUUG